AUGGGUUGUCAUGGUGCAAGUAGACCGUGGGCUCUUCUCCCCUGUAGCGCAUCAUCUUCUGGGUGCUGGAAGAAUAUUGUGAAAGUGGGAGAGCUGAAACUGUCAAACGGGUCGGUGCUCAACUCCUUCUUUAGUGGUAAACUCGGGGACGGUAAGACUUUAGCGUUUUGGGGUGAUGCUUGGUUAAGUGAUGAACCACUUAGACUCGUCUACCCAAACCUGUUCAGGAUUGAAAAAAAUAAAUGGGUUGAAGUGUCGGAGCGAAUCAAGAUGGUUAAUAAUAUCAAAACUUUACAGUGGGAAUGGAACUCGAACCCCAGCUCCGAAGCCGAAGUGACUGAGCUGUUUCAGCUUCUUAAUGAUAUUCAUGACAUCGAUUGGAAGGGAGGUCCAGAUAAUUGGAUUUGGAAGCCUGAUGGGGACGGCGUUUUCAACGUGAAAUCGGCCAAAAGCCUGCUGCUUAGUUCAUACGAUGCUGUACAGAUUCCGAAGUUUAAGUGGAAGGUGUGGGUACCGAUCAAAUGCAGGAUCAUGGUUUGGCGAGUUGCUCUCAACCGACUCCCAACUAACACUGAUCUCAUAAAACGGGGUGUUAAUCUUCUUCAUUCAGGCUGCACUUUCUGCCAGGUUGGUACCGAAACAGCUUGUCAUCUUUUCACAGGUUGUUCGUAUUCGAAUGAAGUGUGGAAUAGGAUUGAAGUAUGGUGUCGAUUAGCCCCUAAUAUUCUGUUUGAUGUUUCGGAUGUUUUACAAAUGCCGGAGAACCAGUCGCUAAAUAAGAAGGCUAGAGGUAUCUUAAGAGGUAUUAUUUACACGACCGUGUGGGCUAUUUGGAUCGAGCGUAACAAUCGUAUUUUUAAUAGCAAGUAUCGGAAGCCGAUCGAGAUUGUGGAGACCAUUAAAUAUACGACUUUCCUCUGGGUUUGUAAUAGGUCUAGAUGGAAAGAUAUAGAAUGGUCUAGUUGGUAUUUGUACCCCUUGGAUUGA